AUGAAAGUGAAGUCCACCAAACUGAAUAGGACAAACAGGGGAGUCACCCUCUUAGAGACUGCUCGGAUGUCAAGGAGAAACGAAUACCAAAGUGGGAACACCCUCGUGUUCAGUUCGCUCAAGGCAAGCGAAGACACUUCCCCUAGGCCGAGCUAUGCGGAAGUCGCUCGGUGUGCGGAGAGUCCGGAACGCAUGAGCGAUGAGUCACCUAACGCGUGGGCAGCUUCCCAUAAAGGUUUGUGCCACAUCACGGUCACGAGUCAGCACAUUCCAGAGUUGAAUGAAGCGUCUGGCUUUCAAUCAGCUGAUGUUCCAGUCGUGAGUUACGCGGACAUCGUUAAGAGACCACAGUCCCCGACGUAUCGGGAACCUGCAUCCAUGUCCGAUGCUCAGAUGAAACAGAAAAGCUAUGCACACGUUUCGACUUCCCGCAAAGUCGUGGAUGAGCUCGAGUCCUCCUCAGCAGCGCCACCAGGUCAACACCGCAGUCAUGCAGACGGCCGCAUGCCUUCUCUCCUGUCGAGUCGACCCACAGGCGCUUGGGCCAGCAGCGGCAAGGUCGCGUUCUCUAAACAAAAACAACUGCCUCAUACACCCGAUGUGGAGUUCUUCCCUGUAGCCACGGAAAAACGAUCAGGCCUUCUGAAGCCUCGAGGCAGACGGAACAGAAAAGCAAAUGCAUCACGCAGUUCCUCUGGAGCAGAAACAAAGUGGGCAGCACGCAGCCAGAAUACAGCCACUCCGACGGCCUCGGGGACCGCAUCAUGCCCUGUGCACUACCUCACUUUCAUGGAUGAGACUGCAGCAGUCAUUAACGAAGGCUUGAAGUUUGGCCUUGUUCGCUGUCUCCUCAGCGCUCAACAGCAAGUGCCAGAGGACCACAGUGAGCGCGGUCUAACACACCGGAGGGUGAUGAUUGAAGAAAGACCGUGGCACGUGAAGACGAACCGGUUCCCCGCGGGAAUGAACGUUGACAACUUCCCGGCGACCGGCUAUUCGGUGGCCCCCUCCAAAGCCGUACGCGCUCCUUGCCCUCUGGGGCGCUUGAGCAUAGAAGAAUGGAAGGCAGCGGUAGCCAUUACCAUGCACCUUUACACCCGACAUGCACCCAGACACCAGCUGGCUGAUAAGUGGUGA